AUGAACAAACAACUUCAACCACAAUACCAUGGUUCCAACGUCAACAACUACAGUUCCAACCACAACAACCACAGUUCCAACAACAACAACUACAGUUCCAGCAACCACAACUACACAUCCAACUACAACCACAACUACCAUGGUUCCAACAUCAACAACUACAGUUCCAACCACAACAACCAGAGAUCCAACAACAAAUACAGUUCCAGCAACCACAACUACAGUUUCAGCAAGCACAUCUACAGUUCCAGCAACCGCAACUACAGUUCCAACUACAACCACAACCACCAAGGUUCAAACCUCAACAACUACAUUUCCAACUACAACCUCCAUGGUUCCAACAUCAACAACUACAGUUCCAACCACAACAACCACAGUUCCAACAACAACAACUACAGUUCCAGCAACCACAACUACCGUUCCAGCAACAUCAACCACACUUCUAACCACCACAACUACAGUUCCAACCACAACAACUACAGUUCCAGCAACCACAACUACAGUUCCAGCAACCACAACUACAGUUCUAGCAACCACAACUACAGUUCCAACUACAAAUAA